GAUAAUCGUAAACGCAACAUAACCAUGUGACAGACCAACCAUUCAGCCAGAGUAGCUUGGAGAGAAGAGAAGGGGCGCGAGCAAUAUGGGAGGGUGAUUCUCGAACAUCUUCAGCUAACAGAUCUCAUGAUGAUGGUCGGAAAAGUAGGGGCGAUACGGUUGCGACCUUUUCGUUUUUUAAACUAGCGCUAGCUACGUCUAGCCUUUUCUACAAGAGGCAGUUCUGAAAAAGGGACGAUAAGGUGAUGUGCUGCAUGGUGCCAUGUGAAUGACAGAACCACAAUGAAGUCGUCACACAAGCUGCUGUUCGUCCUGUGCCCCAUGCUGGUCCUGGGCUUCAUCUACUACUCCUCUGGGAAGCUACACCUGCACGUAUGGGGCCAGAAGCCACAGAUUGAUUCGGAGUCCACUCUCAUAGUCCCAACUAAAGGUCAAAGCACCACAGAGUUGGAAGCGGACGUUGCUCUCACCGUGGGACAAAUAGUAGGCUCAGUGUAUGAUAAGCAGGGCUUUCUGCUGAAGCUGGAUGGAAAGUUGUCAGCAGAAUUGGCGUACAAGUAUGGCAACCUCAGCGAAGGAGUGUGCAAGCCAGGCUACGCAGCUGCCAAGAUGACUGCCAUCUAUCCAAAGUUCAUGAAGCCAGCUCCCAUGUUUCUCGACCGGAACUUCAAGCGUCUGGCCAAAGUCAGCAGUUACUUACCUCCAUUUGGAUUCAAAACACAAGAAACAAUCAUAGACAUUAUUCUAACUGCCACAAAGAACUAUGGGCUGGGUCAAGACGUUGACAGUUUAAUUUGUAAAAGAUGCAUUAUCGUGGGCAACGGUGGUAUCCUGGCUAACAAGUCUAUGGGCUCCCGAAUCGAUGAUUACGACAUUGUGGUGAGGUUGAACGAGGCUCCGGUGACUGGUUUCGGCAAGGACGUGGGCACCAAGACCACCAUGCGCAUCACCUACCCCGAGGGGGCCAUCCAGAAGCCUGAGCGAUACGAGAAGGACUCGCUCUUCGUCUUCUCUGCCUUCAAACCGCUGGACUUCAAGUGGCUCAGACAGAUGGUCUUCAGAGAGAAGCUGCGUGGUACAGAGGGCUUCUGGAAGUCAGUGGCCCGUUACGUCCCGAAGGAGCCCACAGAGAUGCGCAUCCUCAACCCCUACUUCAUCCAGGAGGCUGCCUUCCAGUUCAUCGGCCUGCCACUCAACAACGGCCUCAUGGGGAAAGGGAACAUUCCAACCCUGGGUACGGUCGCCAUAACGAUGGCCCUGCAUAACUGUGACGAGGUGGCGGUGGCUGGCUUCGGCUACGACAUGAACACGCCCCACGCGCCCUUGCACUACUACGAGACGGUCAAGAUGUCCGCCAUCAAAGAGGUGCCUGUUUUUGUUGCGUUCAAAUCCACUGGAAAUGGGUCAUGGAGUGGUGUUUCCUCUCCUUGUCUACCCGUGUCAAAGAACUGGAAAGUCCUGGACACACAACAUAUCCAAGGAGAAGGAGUUCCUCCGCAAGCUGGUGAAGGCCAACGUCAUCACGGACCUGACCAACGGCAUUUGAGUCUAACUGUCCCAGAGCUUUGCCUUUUUCCAAAAGAACCACAGAACAGAGGAUUCUGGGAAUUAACCUGGGGGGGUGGGGGAACCCAGACCCUGGUGGUCUGCAUACUGCCUAAGUUUUUAUGAAGAGAAGAUUUAAACGGACGGCUCAGUGGAGAGACGCACAUACGUGCCUUCUGACCCAGAGGCUCCUGUGUCAGGAGAAACAUAGGCCUGGAUCGGACGUCUUCAGGACAGUCAACGGACGAUCCGACAACCGCGUUUACCGUUUCAAUACCCCUGAAAAUCACAUGAACGAACAAGUGAUAUGGAAGAGGAUGAUGAUGGAUGGCAGAGGAUGGAAGGCCUGACGGACAGCUGUAGAGUCGGACAAUCUGCAGAAGAGAGGGACAGAUGGUUACAGCAGUGCCAAACGUACGUACCUCGUUACAAAGGGGGGAACAGAUGCCCUCUCCCUGUACUGCCUGAAUGUAUUCACAAAACAAUGUAAAUAUCAAAGAUUAUUACCAUGCUUUUUAACAAGCUGCAGCAACCCCCCAUCCGGGCAUUGGCGAGCCUCCCCCCAUCCGGGCAUUGGCGAGCCUCCCCCCAUCCGGGCAUUGGCGAGCCACCCUCCAUCCGGGCAUUGGCGAGCCUCCCUCCAUCCGGGCAUCAGCAUACAGUACAUAUCCCACCUCAGACCCACACAAGGCCUUUUUUUAAACCUUUGUCUCUCCCCCUUAUCGCUUCCAUAUCAGCAGGCCUUUUUGAGGCUGCCCUGCAUUUUGAGAUUAUUAUUACAGAUGUUAAUAUCCAGAAAGACAAGAGGCCUGGAUUAUUUUAUUUAGGUUUAAUUUAUUUAUAAAUAGGCUGAGAAUUGGUGCAUUAUCCUUUCCUUGUUCCAGUUCGCCACGAUGUGCUUCCUCAAUGACUCACUGUGUUAUUAGUUGUUGAGUGGAUAUCCCUCAAACCUGGGCUGAGACCCUAGUAUUUCCAGUAUGGCUUUAAUAUAAGCCCAAGUCAAAGUCAGUAUUAUCAUUUAUGGCCAAUAUUUCAGUCAGAUUUUUGUGUUGUAUUAUGAAAUGUUUUUUUUUAUGUUUUCCUUUGUGUGCUCUAAUGAACAUGACAAAGUAUCACAAGAUGACGCCCCAACAGACCAGUAUUACAGAGAGAGAGAGAACCACUGGUCUGGGAAUAGUGUUCCUGUUCACACUCAAGUGUUCAGAAUAAUUUGCCACUUGUCCAGUAUUUCAAUAAAAACCCAAGUAUUCCAAUAUUUCAGUCAGAUUGCAGUAAGUCGUAUUACAAUAUUAAACCAUAUUUCAGUUUUAUCCUGUUUGGUUUGUGAUAUUAAACCCAAAUUGGUAUUACAAUGUGAAAGCUUACUGGUCCAAUGUUUCUCAGUGAAAGGCCCAUUUGGUUAGUUGUUACAGUUCAAGCGCUAACGGAUCAGUAUUUAAGUGUUGCUCCGGUGGCUCAGUAUUACAAGAUGAGAGACCACGCUAUGGUUACAGCCUCCCCCGCUGCUUCCCUCAUCAACUACACUUAAACUGAAAGCCAUAAUCAGCUUUAUAUGGUGAUGGGGAGUUUUUAGUUCUUUCUACCUUUUUGGAUGACAUUUUGGCUGUUGCUUAAUUAAAAAAAUUAUAAUAAUAAUUGUUUUUGACUUUAUUGUUUUCAUGGAGGUGCAUACUCACUGUACACCUGUAUCCACUUAUCCUCCUGUCCAUUAGUAAGGUAUUAUUAGGGUUGUGUUAAUUUGAGAAAUAGAAGAAAACAUACAAAAACGUUGAGACUGACUGGACUUCAAAUUCCAAAUGCUAAUUUGUGUUCUAUUGCGAAAGGUUUUAAAUAGUUUUCCUUUGUGUGCUGUAAUGAACACUAACCAGUUUCAGAGAGGCGUCACUGCUCUCUGUUGCUGGGCUCCCUCAACAAAACUUUCUCACUUCUGUUCACGAUGGGAAAAUAAAACAAUAUGGAGGAAUCUUAACCUAGCCUCCUACCAUAUUGGUGUUACAAUACCUAUCCAGGCCCUUCAAAUUAGUUAGGGGAAAGUAGCCUGCUUUUACACAGGCAGCCCAAUUCUGAUAUUUGUUCCACUAAUUUGUCUUGUGAAAAGAUUUGAUUGGUCAAAAGACCAAUUAAUGGAAAAGAUCACAAUUGGGCUGCCUGUGUAAAUGCAGACUUUGAUCCCUUCCCUCCAACCUAGAUAACAAUCUUUCAGAAAUGGAACCCUGCAUAGGACUUUCACUGCUAGGGUAUUAAGAACAGCUCACCAAUGCACUACACCCCUGGCGAGGCCCACACAGGCUGCGUUUACAGGGUUGGAGUCAAUUCCAUAUCAAAUAUAGACAGCUUAAAUAGAUUUUUUUCAUUAAUAAAAAAUAAAUUAUGUGCAUCCUGGAUUGGGCAGGAAUUGACACCAGCCUGGUCUGUAGGCAGAAUGUCAUUAUUAGAACUGGAGACGACAAUAACAUCAUACAGGAAACCUCACCAUAUCAUCCAACGAGCGAGGUCAAAAUCAGUCAUCACCUUACCCUAACACAAUCAAUCACUGGCAAGGUCGUUACAGAUGAAAUCACAAGUGUUACUGUUUCUUUUUAUAUAUUAUAUGAAAUCGAGACUUUGUCAUCUGCAACUUGUUAAUAAAUACGUUGACCCUUUUGUCGCUUUGUAAGGUG